UCAUACACUUACCACCAUGGCCAGCGAGCAAACGAUUGAUGGAGCAGCCGCAAUUCCCAGCGGCGGCGGCGACGAACCCUUCCUGGGCCUGCUGGACGUAGCCCUACUGGCGGUGCUAAUCGGCGGCGCAGCCUUCUACUUCCUGCGCAGCCGCAAGAAGGAGGAGGAGCCAACCAGGAGCUAUUCCAUACAACCCACUACAGUGUGCACCACGAGUGCGUCGGACAACUCGUUCAUCAAGAAGCUCAAGGCAUCUGGACGCAGUCUGGUCGUCUUCUAUGGAUCACAGACCGGAACAGGCGAGGAGUUCGCCGGCCGUCUGGCCAAGGAGGGCAUUCGUUACCGUCUAAAGGGCAUGGUGGCUGAUCCCGAGGAGUGCGACAUGGAGGAGCUGCUGCAGCUGAAGGACAUCGACAACUCGCUGGCGGUCUUCUGCCUGGCCACCUACGGCGAAGGAGAUCCCACUGACAACGCCAUGGAGUUCUACGAGUGGAUCACCAGCGGCGAUGUCGACCUGACCGGGCUAAAUUAUGCGGUCUUUGGCUUGGGCAACAAGACCUAUGAGCACUACAACAAGGUGGCCAUCUAUGUGGACAAGCGGCUGGAGGAGCUGGGCGCCAACCGGGUCUUCGAACUGGGACUGGGCGACGAUGAUGCCAACAUCGAGGAUGACUUCAUCACGUGGAAGGAUCGCUUCUGGCCCGCCGUGUGCGACCACUUCGGCAUCGAGGGCGGCGGCGAGGAAGUGCUCAUCCGUCAGUACCGUCUGCUGGAACAGCCAGAGGUGCAGCCUGACCGCAUUUACACUGGAGAGAUCGCCCGCCUUCACUCGAUUCAGAACCAGCGCCCGCCCUUCGACGCCAAGAAUCCCUUCCUGGCCCCCAUCAAGGUGAACCGCGAGCUGCACAAGGGCGGUGGCCGCUCCUGCAUGCACAUUGAGCUGAGCAUCGAUGGUUCCAAGAUGCGCUACGACGCCGGAGAUCAUGUGGCCAUGUUCCCUGUUAACGACAAGAGUUUGGUGGAGAAGCUCGGCCAGCUGUGCAACGCCGAUCUGGAUACUGUGUUCUCGCUGAUCAACACCGAUACGGACAGCAGCAAGAAACACCCAUUCCCUUGCCCCACCACGUACCGCACCGCUCUGAACCACUACUUGGAAAUUACGGCCAUUCCCCGCACGCACAUCCUCAAGGAGCUCGCUGAGUACUGUACUGACGAGAAGGAGAAGGAGUUGCUGCGCAGCAUGGCCUCCAUCAGUCCCGAAGGAAAGGAGAAAUACCAGAGCUGGAUCCAAGACGCCUGUCGCAACAUUGUCCACAUUCUGGAAGACAUCAAAUCCUGUCGCCCUCCUAUCGAUCACGUUUGCGAGCUGCUGCCCCGCUUGCAGCCGCGUUACUAUUCCAUCUCGUCGUCUGCUAAGCUGCACCCCACUGAUGUCCACGUGACAGCCGUUCUCGUGGAGUACAAGACGCCGACGGGACGCAUCAACAAGGGCGUGGCCACCACAUAUCUAAAGAACAAGCAACCGCAGGGCAGUGAGGAAGUAAAGGUGCCGGUAUUCAUCCGCAAGUCACAGUUCCGUUUGCCUACGAAGCCAGAGACACCUAUCAUUAUGGUUGGUCCUGGCACGGGCUUGGCCCCCUUCCGCGGUUUCAUUCAGGAGCGUCAAUUCCUGCGCGAUGAGGGCAAGACCGUGGGAGAGUCGAUUCUCUACUUCGGUUGCCGUAAGCGCAGUGAGGACUAUAUCUACGAAUCCGAAUUGGAGGAGUGGGUUAAGAAGGGCACUCUAAACCUGAAGGCCGCCUUUUCUCGUGACCAGGGCAAGAAGGUCUACGUGCAGCACCUGCUCGAGCAGGACGCAGAUCUUAUAUGGAACGUGAUUGGCGAGAAUAAGGGGCACUUCUACAUAUGCGGUGAUGCAAAGAACAUGGCCGUGGACGUUAGGAACAUUUUAGUGAAAAUUUUGUCCACUAAGGGUAACAUGAGCGAGGCUGACGCCGUGCAGUAUAUCAAGAAGAUGGAGGCUCAGAAGCGCUACUCGGCCGAUGUCUGGAGCUAAUCUGAUCCAAAAGCCAACCGAUGAUAAGCGUAAAGUUUUCUAGUUCACUAAGCUAUGUAAGCGUAAUUUUUGGUUUGGGAACUUCAUGCUGCAGUUCAACAAACGAAUGAGUAACUAUUAAGUGUAUGUCUAGUGUAAUUGACUCUAGCUUGACCCUGGACUGUUUGAUGGGACAAACUGAGAUGGAAUCUAAGUAAUGAAAUGAGCGGAGUAACAAGUUAACGAUUAAGUAGCUGUGUACGAGUGCAGAUUAGUUAAAGUCCUUUAUACGAGCAAUUUACUUCGUAUUCUCUUGGUGAUUUCAAUACAAAAACGAAACAUGUGCAAUUAAACAGUGACACUGCAAUUGUAUUUUUAUAAAUAAAGAAAAGUACGGUUGACUUCUAUAA